CAGGUCGAAGGCGUGCUAUGCAGCAAGGCAGGGAGUAUCGCGUCCGGCACGGUGCACUUGACUGCCCACCAUCUCAUAUUCCACUAUGACGACCCAGCAAAGGAGGAGAUGUGGAUUCCUUAUCCGCUGAUAUCCCUAGUGACGCGUCUACCGCUCACUCUACAAGGGUCGUGUCCCCUUACGAUCAGGACGCGCACAUUUGAGGCAGCAUCUCUUCUAUUUGGCUCAGAGAGGGAGGCGAUAGAUGUAUUCGACAGUGUGAAGGAGCUCACUGUCGCCACGUCUGUGACGCAGCUGUAUGCGUUCUACUAUGUGCCGAACCCACCGUAUACUGCCAACAACGGCUGGUCCUUAUAUUCUGUCCGGGAAGAAUUUGGCCGAAUGGGCGUUGGAUCGCGCACGAAAGCAUGGAGGUUCACGGAUAUUAACAAAGACUAUUCUUUCUCCCCGACAUAUCCCGCGAGGCUCGUGGUACCAACUCGAAUAAGCGAUACGACGCUGCAAUAUGCUGUCAAGUACCGCAGCAAGGCGCGCUUGCCGGUACUGACUUACCUCCACUGGGCGAACUACGGAAGUAUAACCCGUUCUAGUCAGCCUAUGGUCGGGCUGACAAGCAAUCGUUCGAUUCAAGACGAGAAGCUCAUCGAGGCCAUCUUCCAAACACACUGGUCUCCAGAAUCUCGUGCUGCGAAUAUCCCCGUCUACGGCGCGACGUGCACUAAUCUCAUCAUCGAUGCGAGACCAACGACUAACGCGAUGGCUAACACCGCAAAGGGCGCCGGCACGGAGAACAUGGACCACUAUAAAGAUGCCAAGAAGGCCUACUUGGGAAUUGAUCACAUCCAUGUCAUGCGAGAAUCUCUCGCGAGGGUAGUCGAAGCGUUACGGGAAGCAGAGGUCACUCCCGCUACCCCUGGCGCUGGUGAUGACUACACACUCGAUUCUAUGGUCGCACCGGUGCUGGAUAAACAAGCGUUGCGAAGAUCUGGCUGGUUGAAGCACAUAUCUGCCAUUAUGGAAGGCUCGCUGCUUAUUGUGCGAAACGUCCAUGUCAACUCUUCCCACGUCCUCAUCCACUGCUCUGAUGGGUGGGACCGGACGGCUCAGCUCUCCUCUCUGUCCCUGCUCUGCCUGGACCCCUUCUAUCGCACAUUACGUGGCUUCCAGAUACUGGUCGAGAAAGAAUGGGUGUCAUUCGGUCACAAGUUCCUCGAUCGCUGUGGGCACCUGUCCUCGGAGAAGUUCUUUUCAGCUCCCGUCGAGAAUAUCGGCACUGGGGGCGGUGCGGAAGCCGCCCAAGCAUUCCUGGCCUCUGUACAGAACAGGUUCGCGUCGCAGAACCAUCUCAAGGAGACGAGUCCUGUCUUCCAUCAAUGGCUCGAGUGCGUGCGGCAGGUGCAACGCCAAUUCCCUGAACGCUUCGAGUUCAACGAGCGCUUCCUACGCCAACUGCACUACCAUCUCUAUUCUUGUCAGUUUGGCACAUUCCUGUUCAAUACCGAGCGGGAACGUCGGGUGGGUGACAGUGGUCUGCCUCCGUGUGAACGGACAGUAAGCGUGUGGGAUCACUUCAAUUCGGCCCCAGAAGCGUCGCUGAACCUGAAUCCCGACUACGACCCAUCACUGGAUGAUCCCUCGAAUCGUGUACCCAAGACCGAUAUGGGCGUGCUCAUGCCUGACCCGAAGGACGUCCGCUUCUGGAAUGAGCUCUACGGCCGCACGGACGAAGAGAUGAAU